CCGGGUGGAAGAUCGUCCUGUCCCGGAUUAGAAACCACAUAUAAAGGGUGGAAGUUGUUGCAUCCUGGUUACAAUGGAUUACUAGCGAAAAGGCUGCCGUUAUCGCAUCCGAUCUCUGGAAGGAAAAGAGUGUCUGAAGAUUGCACCGUAAAUGUAUCAAGAACUUGGAGCCCAGUAUGAAAAAGGCGAGCAGGCCCACAUCUGCCUCCAGCAAAACCACCACGACCACUAAACCUCCGGGCAAACCAGAGCCCAGUGGCACUAUGGGCACCGGAGGAAAGAGCAGUACCAAGAACCAGAACUCAGCCCUUCUGUCUAAGACAAAGAGCAAUGAUGACCUUGCAGCCAUGAGCACAGGAAGUGGAGGAGCCUCGGGGGCCAGUGCCAGCAGCUUUACAACAAGGAGCAAGAGGAGUGCCAGCACCACUCAGAACAACACUGAGACAAAGCCCAAGGCCAACUCAGGUUCCUCGGGAAGGCGUGGGAUGUCCUCUACAUUAAAGGAACCUGGAGUGACCCGUGAGAAAACCAGCAUUGCAAAGAAGCAGUCUGGACCCUCGAACUCUGUGGCUUCGAAGCGUUCCCGCUGCCGCACCUCGACCGAGUCUGAAACCCAGUCGGGUAAAUUGCGCUACGAUAUCAGCAACAAAGCAAUGCUAGAGUCAAGAGUAAAGGACUUGUUGGGUUUGGCCAAAAGCAAAGACCUUGAGAUCCUGCACUUGCGGUCCGAGUUGCGUGGGAUGCGGGCUCAGCUGGGCCUGGAUGACCAGGAUUCCCCUGAGCAAGAGGAGCAGUGUGAGGCUGAGUUGCCACAGGAGAAGGAAGCUGUAUCUGGCAUAAGUGCUGCUGACGUGGAGUCGACCCUUCUUUUACUGCAGGACCAGAACCAGGGCAUUCGUGGAGAGCUCAACUUGCUGAAGAGUGAGAAUCGAAUGCUAAAGGACAGGCUAAAUGCUCUAGGAUUCUCACUGGAGCAGCGUCUUGACAGUCCUGAGAAAGGACUGCGCUGUGCCUCUCUCAGUCCUGAGCCAACAACCAGUGGUGGGGGCAGCAGCAGUGGUGGGGAUGGAGGGACUCGAACCUCCUCAACUGAAGGUUCUGCCAGGGGCUCAACCGAGGACCUGCUUUCGGAGGCGAGGCGAGUGGGGUCUCCCGAUGUUCCGGACAGUGAGUGCAGUGAACCCUGCCAGGCUGUGAUGUCUAGUGAUGAUGCCCUAGAUGCACCAUCUGGUUGUGGUUCCUCAUCCGAUUCAGAAGGUGGCUCUCCAGGCCGACGCCGCUCACGCCGGGGAAGUAGCGCCAAUGCUAGUGAGGUCUCGGUGGCCUGCCUGACUGAGCGCAUCCACCAGAUGGAGGAGAGUCAACACAGCACAGCGGAGGAGUUACAGGCCACACUUCAGGAGCUUGCAGACCUUCAGCAGAUUGCACAGGAGUUGAGUGCAGAGAAUGAGCGCAUGGGUGAAGAGCGUGCCAUCUUGGUGGAUUCGCUGCGCCAGCAAGGCGAGCGAUUGGAACUCUACAACAGACAGCUGGACUACUUGCGCGGCCUGUUAGAUGAGCAUCGCGUAGUGUACGCCAAAGACGACGAGGACGCCAAGAGCAGCCGCUACACAGAGCUGGAGAGACGCUACACCGAGUUAAACGAGAACUCGCGCCUUGAGAGGGAGCAGCUUCUCGGUGUGCAACAGCAGCUGAGCAGUGCGCUGAAGAUGGCCGAACAGGAAAACGCUGAAUCGCAGGGACUUAUGGGAGCCCUGAAAGAGCGUGUGCACCUGGCUGAGAGGGCUGCUGAGCUGGAGCGAAGAGAACGCGAAGCCACUGCUGUCGAGCUCGACGGCAUGAGGAUGCAGUCUGAGGACGAGCAGGCCGAGCUAGCUCGCUGUCGGCUCCAACUCGAACAGGAGAGGCAGAGAGUGGCCCAACUCCUCUCCAUCCAGGGUGCAGGGGACAAGACUGACAUACGCACCCUGCUGGACAGCGAGAGAUUGGACAAAGAGAGAGCUGAAACCAAAGCAGCAGAGCUACAGGAUGAGCUGGGGCACACUCGCAAUGAGGCUGCUCAGCUUAAAGAUGCAGUCAGAAAGCUCGAGGCAGAUUUCCAGUCGUUCCGGGAUGAUGUGCAGAAACAGCUAACUGAGCAAAAGCGUGCUUUAGCGCAGCAGUGCUCAGAACUGGAAGAGAAGGAUACGGAGAUUGCCGAUAUGAAAGAAACCAUCUUCGAGCUGGAGGACGAGGUGGAGCAGCAUCGUGCCGUCAAACUCCACGACAACCUCAUCAUCUCGGACCUGGAAAAUUCUAUAAAAAAACUUCACGACCAAAAAUAUGACAUGGAAAAGGAGAUUAAAACACUUCACCGGAAACUGCGGGAGGAAUCAGCCGAGUGGAGACAGUUCCAGGCCGAUCUCCAGACUGCUGUUGUCAUUGCCAACGACAUCAAAUCCGAGGCUCAGGAGGAGAUCGGGGACCUGCGGCGCCGCCUACAGGAGGCUCAGGAGAAGAACGAAAAGAUGAACAAAGAGCUAGAUGAGCUCAAGACCAAGAAGCAGGAUGAGGAACGUGGGCGUGUCUAUAACUACAUGAACGCAGUAGAGAGAGAUCUGGCGGCGCUGAGGCAGGGAAUGGGGCUCAGUCGUCGCUCCUCCACCUCAUCAGAGCCCUCGCCUACCGUCAAAACUCUCAUCAAGAGCUUUGAUAGUGCGUCCCAAGGCCCUAUUCCCAGCAGUCCCGCGUCCGCUGUUCCAGCUGUAGUUGCUGCUGCUAUUUCUCGAACCCCUCUCAGCCCAAGCCCAAUGAAAACCCCUCCAGCUGCUGCCGUGUCCCCCAUUCAGAGACACACGAUCAGCACGCCCAAAACGCUCUCCUCACUGGUGGAUAAGAGAAACAGCUACCCAGAGCUCAGUAUGCCAGUGUCUCGCAGGAGCAGCGAGGAGCUAAAGAGAGACAUGUCGGUCACUGAUUCACCAAACCCCACUUCGAUCAUCACGUUAGGCUCUGCCUCCCCUCAACUCUCACUGUCCUCAAACUCCUCCUCCCCCACAGCUUCUGUCACGCCCACAACACGUGGCCGUCUACGAGAGGAGAGGAAGGACCCACUCGCUGCUCUGGCCCGAGAAUACGGAGGAUCAAAAAGAAACGCUCUUCUGAGGUGGUGUCAGAAGAAGACGGAAGGGUAUCAGAAUAUAGACAUAACUAAUUUUAGCAGCAGUUGGAACGACGGUCUGGCUUUCUGUGCCGUGCUGCACACGUAUUUGCCUGCUCACAUCCCAUAUCAGGAGCUCAACAGCCAGGACAAGAGAAGAAAUUUCACGUUGGCCUUCCAGGCAGCAGAAAGUGUGGGAAUCAAAUCUACACUUGACAUCAGUGAGAUGGUCCACACAGAGAGACCUGAUUGGCAGAGUGUGAUGACGUAUGUCACCUCCAUCUACAAGUAUUUUGAGACCUGACUCGGAUCCAUUUCUCUUUCUCUCGUGUCCAUGCGCUAAAGUGCUAUGUUACAUAGACACUUUGCCACACUCAAGCUGAAGGACUGCUCUUUGAGUCACAGCUAAGCAGGGCUACUUGUUAUGUCACUCAUUAUAAGCUACUAUUCCCUUUUAAUCACAAUCAGAGUUGUGUAGCUUUUAUAUGUAAUGGCAGGCCAUAACUAUAAAACUGUUCUACUAUUAUACCUAGAAUCAGUCACAACAUGUGCUGGUUAAAUGCCUAACAAUGGAGUGGUAUGUAAACGAGGCCCUCACCUUCUCCAUCUCAGUUUGUGUGUGUUAAUGUGAAGGAGUUUCAGGUGAGAAGAACUGAAAAGACUGAAACUCAGAGCUGUUUUUAUGGAUUAUUCAAGCUCCACUGACGAUCACUCGCUCACUUGGUGCCUAAGAAGUGCUGAAUGCAUUAUUAUGGAGAUGACACAGCCAAGUUCUUCAGCACGUUCCUCUUAAGACUGCUUUAAAAAGCACACAGUAGGAUAGUACGCUGAAGUAAAAUGUGAAUUUGCUCCACACACGCAGAAUAUUUUUAAGCUCAAAUAUCUACGCGCUCUGAUGUCACUGCACUGCGUUAAAUACUGUAUUAUAAAGAUAUCAUUUCUUACCGAGUUGUGUUUUACCAUACGGAAUAUCAGUGAAUUAAGAGAUUUAUUGAUUUUGUUCGCAGCCACACACAAUGUUUUUUUUUUUUUUGUAUUAUUAUUAUUAUUAUUGUAUAUUAAAGAAUUGAAGUGCUUUUAUUUUUUCCAAACAUUUCAAUUCUCUUAAGUUAUCAGCAUCUUAAAUAACCUAAAUGAAGAGGCACAAUCAGUACAUUACAAUAUAUAGUGCCUUGAGUGAAAGCUGAUGUAAACCCCCAUUCCCAUCAACACCCCACCCCACCCCAAAAAGCUGCUGUCAUGUAAAAAUGUCGUCCUGUUCCACCACAAAUCCUCUUAAAGGAUCUGCUGCUGUUUAGACCAACAAUGUUAAUGUGGCCAGUUAAACAGCUGCUUUGUAGUGUAACAAUGCAACACAUUUAUUUUUUAUAAAGUCUUCUGUACUUAUCUGUUUGCCAAGUUUGUGUAGAUGUAAGUUCGUCAGAAUUUUAUUUUUUGAGGUAGAUGAUGUUCAGAUUGUAUUACAUUUUGAUUUUGUUUCUCAUUCCCUCAUCUUUUCAAAUCUAGGAGCUUCUUCUAAGUAUCAAUCUGACCAGGUUUUCCCUCUUUAUUUCACAAGGAGGGAUGCUACAGAUGUUAUUUUUUGCUUUGCCAUCAAUAUCAGUUACAGGAUUUUGAUGUAAAUGACUUUUUUGCAGGGUUUUUUUUACAUUCCUGGACAUUUGAGUCUAAUACCAAUAAAUCAUUAUUCUGACCAUCA